AUGUUCUUACCCCAAAAGGCAAAGAAUCAAGCAGCGGGGAAGCAAAGCUCUGCUCAAGAGGCGGAGCAAGCAGCUCGACUUCGACCUUGGGUGGAAAAGUACAGACCAAAGACGAUCGAGGAUGUGACGGCACAAGAACACACGGUGGCCGUUUUGAGAAAAACAUUAAUGUCCUCCAACUUGCCUCACAUGCUCUUCUACGGUCCGCCUGGAACGGGAAAGACGAGCACCAUUCUGGCUCUGGCCAGACAGCUCUUUGGUCCGGAGUUGAUGAGGAGCAGAGUACUCGAGCUGAACGCUUCGGAUGAAAGAGGCAUCACCGUGGUCAGAGAGAAGAUCAAGAAUUUUGCAAAGACGGCAGUGAGCAAUGCGAAUGUCGAUUUUCCUUGCCCGCCAUACAAGAUCAUCAUUCUGGAUGAGGCGGACAGCAUGACGCAAGAUGCGCAGAGCGCGCUUCGCAGAAUCAUGGAGCAGUACAGCCGCAUCACUCGCUUCUGCUUGGUGUGCAACUACGUGACUAGAAUCAUCGAGCCUUUGGCUUCGCGCUGCAGCAAGUUCCGCUUUCGUAUGCUGGACACAAGUAGCACGCGGGAAAGGUUGGAAGAGAUCGCGAAAGCUGAGAGGGUGUCGUUUGAGGAUGGCGUGCUCGAUACGCUCAUCGACACAUCCGACGGCGAUCUGCGUCGAGCCAUCACGUACUUGCAGUCCGCAUCACGUUUGCACGGAGCAGGAACCGCUUCUAGCACUCCUAUCACUCGGCAAUCCAUCGUCGAGAUCGCAGGAGUGGUGCCAUCCUUGGCUAUUCGCGCCCUAGGCAAGUCCAUCGGUGUCGACCCUCCGCCCGACGAGGAUGGCAAUGUGGACGAUGGGGAUGUGGAAAUGUUGGCUCCGGGUCCUGCGACGACGCCUUUUGAGAUUGUGCAAAAGCAGGUCAAGAGCUUAGCCAUGGAGGGCUUUUCCACCACCCAACUGCUGCUACAGCUACACGAUUACAUCAUGCUCCAUCCGCUCUUGACGGCUAAAGCGAAGGCUAAAUGCGCAAUAGACUUGGGAGACGCGGACAAGGCAUUGAUAGAUGGGGGUGAUGAAGAACUGCAGCUCUUCAACCUCAGCCUCAAACUUCGCGCUUCCCUCACAGCGUAA